AUGAGUGACAGUUGGCGGCAAACAAUGAUGAACAUUACUGAUCGGAUAUUUCCAUCUCUCCCUCCCGAAGAAAAAGUGGGAACAGCUUUUGGUAACGAAAUCGUAUCUAGUCUUCCGCUGCAAAUGUCACUGUAUUUUAACGUUGUAUACUUUCCAUUUUGGCUUUAUACGUUUUUAUCACUGAUCUCGUUUAAAUUGAAUUGUUUAAACAUGUUGACUCAAACUAUAAUCUCCGUGUCGCUACUUUUGAUAUUGAUGCUGGAAUGCGCUCGAUUAUACUUGGGUGUUCAAGGAAAUCUCAACGAAAAAAUUCCGGAUUUGGCCGCAUUUUGGAUGUUUUCGUUGAUCCUCCAAUUACCUCUGCAGUUGGUAUUCUUGUUCCUGAACAACAUGCCUGUUGAAAUGGCUGUCCAAGGCAUAAUGUGCCUUUUACUCUUGUCGCAGCUCGUUUUUGGGUUCAUAGUCCUACGUGACAUGGCAAAACACCACAAGCUCCGUUUCCACAUAUCACAAUUCUACUGCACUCAGCACAGCAAAACCGAAUGA